AUGUUCGUGGACGUGGCAAGAGUGAUCAUGAUAGAUAAGAAAGAAGAUGAGCAUGCUUCAGAAUUAUGUAAAUCACAGGCGUUAGGAGACAGUACGGUUACGACCAUCUGUAAUGCAAUUCCAUCGGAGGAGCCACCGAUCAAAGGUUCCUCACAUCUUCCAUGUCACAGGAUAACGAUUGCAAGAUGUGAACUGAACAUAGAAUGA